AUGCCGUCUUUGGGGACCUUCACCACAACGGUGCACCCCUUCCAAUCGCCCACGCCUCACGCAUGCUCAUACGAGAUCGGCCUGGCGAACGCAAAGAACGCCCUCGUUUUCAUCGGAGGCCUCGGUGACGGACCUCACACCGUGCCAUACCCGCGAGCAAUCGCCAAGCGCCUCGAGGCGAGACCCGAGCUCAGCUUCUCCGUCUUCGAGUUCAGACUGAAGAGCUCCUUUCUGGGCUUCGGAUUCGCACGCCUGGUCGACGAUGUCGCUGACAUCUCGGCACUGGUGGAGUACCUCCGGAGUAUUGGGAAGGAGAAGGUCGUGCUCAUGGGACACUCGACCGGUACUCAGGACUGCAUGGAAUACACGUCUCCCGACCACAAUGCGGCGCCUGUAGACGGCUACAUCCUGCAAGCCCCCGUCUGCGAUAGAGACGCACUGACGGAGGAAAUGGGCGAAGCCAGACUCGAGGAGAGCUUGAAGGCAGCAAGGGAUCUCUUUGCCGCCGGAAAGGGGCACGAGCGGAUGCCACUCGAACACCUCCCGGCCUCGUUCGCGAAAACACCAAUUUCUGCGUGGCGAUGGUACGCACUUGCUGCAAUCGACGGCGAGGACAACUACUUCUCGCCCAGUCUGACGGACGACGUGGCUGGGCCGUACUGGCAACGCGUGGACAAGCCUAUCAUGAUCCUUCAUUCGGGCAAUGACGAGUAUGUGCCCAAGUCCGUGGACAAGGAGGGACUUGUGCAGCACUGGAGAAGCCUAUGCCGGCCGGGUAUCGCCAGCGAGCUGUCGGGCAUCACUCCGGGAGCUGGCCAUCGCGUGGAGGAGCCGGAAGCGGAGAAAUGGCUGGCAAAUACGGUUGUGCAGUUCUUGCAGAGCAUCACAUGA